AUAGCGGGGAGCGUGAGCGUCCGCUGCCCAGCAAAACUUCUAAAGAUUUGGAGAAGAUAGAAAACAGCCCAAAAGGCUAAAGCACUAUUGUACUACUUCCGUGUUUCUGUUGAUGGUACCAGCAUACUUCCAGUCAUCCAGGAUUGAUUCCUCAUUUGUUCCACAUAUCCAGUGUAUCCUAGAAUUUUCUGGAAAAUUGAUGUUCUGUAGGCCUGAAGGAUUUACUUUUCUUCUGAAAGUUAGCAGUUCACUCCCUCUUCUCUGCAUGGUCCUGACAUAAGUCCCUGGAUGUGAGCUGAGAGUUCUGAGAAGACAGAGAGGAAAUGUAGUCUCAUUGGCUGUAUGCAUGUAAUUUUACAGAGAGCUGGUUCUUAAACCUUUACCAGCACAUCUGCGGUAGUAUCCUCCACAGUAGAUGGGAAUGGAGUGGAGGAAAUUCAUCUGAAGGACGUUUCAAAGGAAAAUCAGAUAUCCAUCACUUUUGGUGAUAGUUGCCAUUGCUAGCUAUGUUUCAUUCCUUCUCUGAAACUCAUCACCCCUUGCAGGCUGAAGAACAAGAAGUCGGCAUUGACCCUUUACUGGGUUACUUGAAGUCUGAAGGUGAAUCCAGUGAAAAUGGAAGAAUAAAUCCUACCACAGACUCCGACAGCACUUUUAUUUCCUACAGUAAAGAAUGGCAAGAACUAUUUGUAAACAACAAUUACUUGGCAACUAUACGGCUGAAGGGGAUUAAUGGGCAGCUGAGAAGCAGCAGGUUCCGCAGCGUUUGCUGGAAGCUUUUUCUGAAUGUUCUUCCUCAAGACAAAGCUCAGUGGACAAGCCAAACUAAGGAACUGAGAGCCUGGUAUAAUAGCAUCAAAGAAAGACAUAUUACCAACCCUCGGAAAGCUGCAGGACAGCAAGAUUUGAUGAUCAAUAAUCCUCUCUCACAGGAUGAAGGGAGUCUUUGGAACAAAUUUUUCCAGGAUAAAGAGCUUCGAGCAAUGAUUGAACAGGAUGUCAAAAGAACGUUUCCUGAAAUGCAGUAUUUCCAACAAGAAAAUGUGAGAAAAAUUCUUACAGAUGUUCUUUUCUGUUAUGCGAGAGAAAACGAGCAGUUGCUUUAUAAACAGGGUAUGCAUGAGCUCUUAGCACCGAUAGUGUUUAUCCUGCACUGUGACCACCAAGCCUUCCUACAUGCCAGUGAAGCUGCGCGGCCAAGUGAGGAAAUGAAAGCUCUUUUGAACCCUGAGUAUCUGGAACAUGACGCCUAUGCAAUGUUUUCACAUCUUAUGGAAACUGCUGAACCCUGGUUUUCGACUUUUGAACAUGAUGGUCAAAAGGGGAAAGAUACAGUGAUCACAACCAUCCCGUUUGCCAGACCGCAGGAUUUAGGCCCAUCCAUUGCUAUUGUUACAAAAGUAAACCAGAUUCAAGACCAUCUGCUGAAGAAGCAAGAUAUCGAACUCUACAUGCAUUUGAACAGACUAGAAAUCGCUCCACAAAUAUACGGGCUACGAUGGGUCCGACUGCUUUUUGGACGAGAAUUCCCUCUUCAGGAUCUUCUGGUUGUCUGGGAUGCUUUAUUUGCAGACAGCAUCAAUCUGGGCUUAGUGGACUAUGUUUUUGUAGCUAUGUUACUAUAUAUUCGAGAUGCAUUGAUCUCCAGUAACUAUCAAACCUGCCUUGGACUUCUGAUGCAUUACCCACCAAUUGGGGAUGUACAUUCACUUAUCCUCAGGGCCCUUUUCCUUCGAGACCCAAAGAGAAAUCCAAGACCAGUGACGCAUCAGUUCCAACAAAAUUUAGAUUAUUACAAGGCAUGUGGAGCAGACCUUAUGAAUAAAACCCGAGCUAAUGCCAAAGCUGCCCCUCUGAACAUAAACAAGGUCUCCAAUAGCCUCCUUAAUUUUGGCAGAAAGUUAAUUGGUCCGGCAAUGACCACAGGCAAUGCUGUUGGCCAUGUACCCAGUGGCAAUAGCGGCAGCUCUCCUGCUGUGAUGACCAUCAGGACCCCGGGAGAGGCCCCCCGGCAUCAUCACCCACCGCAGCAGAUGCAGCAGCAGAGAAUGAUGAAAUCAGAGAGCAUGCCAGUUCAACUCAGCAAAGGACAGAGCACCAAGAACAUCAGUUCAUCUCCAAGCAUUGACAGCUUGCCGGGGGGAAGGGAGUUCACGGGCUCUCCCCCCUUGUCUGCUACCAAGAAGGACUCUUUCUUUAGCACUAUCUCCCGUUCCCGCUCUCACAGCAAAACCAUGGGCAGAAAAGAAUCCGAAGAAGAAUUAGAAGCUCAGAUUUCAUUUCUUCAAGGACAGCUGAAUGACCUGGAGGCCAUGUGCAAGUACUGUGCCAAGAUGAUGAACACUCAUCUGGGAAAUAUUCAAGAUGUCAUAUUACAAGAAAAUUUGGAGAAAGAAGAUGAAAUACUGGUGUCCUUAGCAGGAUUAAAGCAGAUCAAAGAUAUCCUCAAAGGUUCUCUCCGCUUCAAUCAGAGCCAGCUGGAAGCUGAGGAGAAUGAGCAGAUCACCAUAGCAGAUGACCAUUACUGUUCCAGCAGUCAGAACCAAGCCUCAACUGACGGGGAAGGUAUCCCCAGCACCUCAGCUUGGAAGCAGCACUUCCAGGCACCCCAUCAGACCCCCUCUGGUUUGCCUGGGAGUUCCGACAGCAAGAGUUCAGAUGACUAUAUCCUGGUUUCUAAAGAAGAGGAGGAAGGCAGUGGGAACAGAGCUUCUGGCCGGUCUCAGUCUCUCCGAGCACACAAGGGUGUGUCUGGGAAGACUGAGGCACUUUCUCGGUCAUCCCUGGUGUUCUCUGAUCCCCUGAUGGGCAUGACUUCAGUGUCCCCCAGUAACCUGAGCUCCAGCCCCGAUGAGGAUGACAGCAGUAACAACAGCAAGGAUUCUGAUUUUACCAUUGUGAGCCCUUUGGACAUCUAAGUGUUCAGCACCCAGAGCCUCUCUUACCUGCGAUGUUCACAGCCUUGGCGUUUUCAUCCUUGGGAUUCCAGGGGGCAAAAGCUUCACAGAACUUAUUUAACAUCAACAGGCUCUAAAGCCUAAGUAGUCAUUCAGGGCAUAAAUUGGGUGAUAACAAUACAUUGGAACACUGCCAAGAGAAUAAAACUAAGUGAACGUGGCCCUAAAAUAGGCCUGAUUAUGUACACCAGUAUCUAGAUAGGCUUGUCUUAGCCCUUCCCACUGGAAUCAGGCCUAGCACAUGCUUCAAGUUAGUGCUGAGCCGAGCCAGCAUCACCCACCCUAGGAAAAAGACAAAACUACAAUUAAAGUCACUUCCCUGUGCCUCAUCCUGCCAGAUUAGGAAGGGGGCAGAUGAUCCUUACAUUAUAUUUGGAAGGAAGACUAGGACUUAGACUCUCCCCCAUAGAGAUUGUCAAGGCCCGGGAAGGCUGAUUGACAUCAGGGAAGCUUCUUCUCCUGAAAUCUGUGUCCCCGGUUAAGUUAGAGUACUUCUUUCUAAGAGGCCCACAUCAGUGAUCAAAAUAAAAUGAGCAGGGCAAAGGGUAGGUUUAAUAGGAAGAAUUAGAACUAGUUUAGGUGAAGUCUGUCUUCAGACUUAAUAGAAAAAUGCUUGUGGUUACUAGGCUUAGAACUAAAUUAUCAAAAUCAUGUUUUGGUGUGUUACAGAGCCAGAUUUCUCAGUUGAUUUGGAUAAGACAUUUCCAAGCUGUGGGGGUAAUCAAUGCAAGACCCCUUUGGCCAUUAUCAUUCCCUAUACCCCAGUUUUGAUCGCAGUUGUAUUAUACCUUGAAAGUAUAUCAUAAAGAAAGUAGGGUCAUUUGAAGCUGUUUUGAAAGUAACAAGAAAACUCCUAUUCUUUAAGUUGGAGGUUAUAUGUUUGCUGUGAUGCUUCAUUAAUGAAGGAAAGCAUACCUCUUUCAAAACAAUCCAGAAGCAUAAAACAUGAGCUUAAAAUCGUGCUUUUCUGGAUUCAUUAGUUUCCAUGCCUUGUCAUAGAGAAAAGGGUGAAGAGAAGAGCUAGGCCAACAUACCAUCUAAAAUCUGACUCCUCCCCACUUUUCUCUCCUUGGUCACUGCCCCUGCCCCCAAUGUCCAUGACCGUCCCUGCUCCCAAUGUCCACAUCUGCCCCAAAGGAGAGGGGAGGGAGACAGAGAUGCUGCAGGGCAGCCAGGGAUUUGUGAUGUACAUUCCACAUAUUAGGCCAUGGUAGACAGCCUCACAGAUGGCUAGUGUCUUUGCUGGGCAUCUGUCCUUCUGAGUUGGGAUAAUUUGCUCUUUCAGUAGUUAAAUCUUAGACCUAGUGAUUUCCAAGCAAUCAAAGAUUAAGUACUCAUUCUUUUCAUCAAAGUCUUGGAUACUUAUGAAUUACCAUAACUUGGAAAAUAGAUGAUGUUAGAAAAUGGAGUUAUAUAUUAGCAGUCUAACUCUUAAAAGGGAAGAAGAGAUUUGAAAAAUGGCUACCCUAAUUUUAAUGAAGUCAGCACUUAGGUAUAGAUUAAACUAGACCCACAUCAGCUCCUUCACCAAGAGCAGCAUUUGUCAGAGGACCAGGCUGCUAAGCCAAUGGUCUGUGAGUGCUUUGAAUGGGAGUGAGCUUGAGAAGGUUUUCUGGAAGCAAUAUUCAUCUGUUGGGUUCAUGGGCUCGUGAAGAUAGGAGGAAGAACUGAGGUACAAAGGUGUGGACAGAAGCACUUUAUAGCCCACUGCUACUCACCAUGUAGAUAAAUUGGACGAUGACCCGAUGUCCUCCUUGAUAAAGGAGGUGAUGGCAAUUCAGUGAUGUCAGACCAUAAUGGAGAAGAUCUGAUUUGUUCCAUAAUUCGUUUUUAACCUCUAGUAGGAAAAAUCAUCUGUAACAUUUAGUGCUAAGCUGUUUAAUAGUUCUCUUUUUGCUGAGAUAACAGCAUUGUUCUCAUUCCAGCAUUGCUUGGCAGAUGUGUUGAUUAAGUGUUGUGGUUAUCACCUCUUAAUUAUAAAUGGCUCUCUCAGCACCGCUGCAAGGGUAAGACACAGAAAGGAUCUUGCCAAACUGCUGCCUUUAAAAGCCUCCUCAGUGUUUGCCUGACUCCUGUCCUCUAGCAGUAUAACCUUAGAGCAUUUGUCCCCCUCUGUUUGUAUACUGACUCUGGUGAUGGACUUGAAAUUGUCUUAGCUCUUGGAGUGGUUCACCUUGGCAGUCCACAGUUAGGUGGCAUUGAAUCGUCCGGGCUGGACCCCGGGGUGCAACAGAAAAAUGACCAGGUUGCUGGUGUCCUCAUAUGCUCAUCCAUUCAAGACACUGUCCUGAAAUUGUGCCUUGUGAGCCGUAGUAGUCAUACCCAGGUCUUACUUGCUUAACUUGGCACAGCCAAAUGAGAGACUGCUUGGCAUUAGGCUGGCAGAUGAUUCUGUCAGUGUCUUUCCUGAGCUCAGCCACAUGACAUUUAGGUGGGCCAUGUUGGGGCAGGUCAGUACCAGGCUAUUUGGUUUUGAAUUGUUGCUGGAAAUUACUCCAGGGUUUAGCCUGGCUAUUAAGGGGCAGCUUCCUGGUCAUCUCCAGGAUUUGGGGGUCGUGGGGUGUUUUUUGUUUGUGUGAAGUAUCCGUUUCUUUGGACCUUUAAAGCCUUAACCCUUCCAGCUAAAAGACUUGUUUAUUCUCCAUCCCAAAGUGUUCUCUGUCUUGCCUCUAAGGAAGGAGGUAUUCUGGGGUAAGCAGGGCACAAGCAGUGCCAUCCCAGACACCCACAGGUCAGGAGGGCUCUUUUCAGUUAAUGUCACUUCCCCAUUUAGGGAGUGAUCAGCUUUUCUCAUCCCUUUCCUUUGUUUCAACACUGUUCAUGUCUUAAUUAGUCUCCGUGCCAUGAAAUAAGAUAAUGGAGUCAGUCUUUUUUGUUAUCUUAUCAGAUGCUUCUGUUUAAUCAAACAUUCUCUUUUUUUUAAUCCUGAAAAUAUGAAACUUUUUUGUUGGGGUUUGGUUUUGGUUUCUGGUUUUUUGGGGGGGUGGGUCGUCUAGAAUCAGUGAAACUCUGUUAGUUUAACGCUACCUACCAUGGCUUGAUUUUUAAAGUUAAAGCACAUUUUAUAUGCGUAAGAUUUAAGUCAAUCCUGUUAGCUUUAUAUUUUUCCUUUUUAUUGUGUCCUCAUGCAUCUCAAAUAUAUUCUAUCACAUGAUCAGACUGGAACUUUAGUGCAGACUCACCUCCCUGCAGUAAUUCUCAGAGCUACAGAUUGGACAGAGAAACCAGAGUCGUUGUCUGGACUUGGUUCUGUGAUGCCAAGGAAGAAUUUGACACUUUAAAAUGUACUGAAUUCUUCUUCCAAAGAUGACCUCCUCCUAAUAAAGUCCAAUGGCAGCCAUACUCUCAUAGGAAAUAAUAUGCAUUGUGUAGUAUUUCAAUGUGAAUGAGUGAAUGUGAGACUUGAAACAGACGUGGGCCUCCCCGUGUUUACUGUCCGUACCGUGUGACUGGGUCCCAUCUCGCAUGAAACAUCAGCGCCAGAGAAGCAUGCUGCGGAAAGCUGCUCUGGCCAUGUCUUGAUUGGGGUGAGUGUGUAGGAGUUUCCUAGAUGGAGGAAUGUCUAGCCUGCUUUAUUAAAGAAACAGCUAACAAACACCAAA